AUCUUCGAGAAGACUUUUGCGGUCAAUGUGUUUGGUUUGGUUAGAGUUACCAAACAUUGUUUACCACUUUUGAGGAAAUCUGGCGGACGAGUAGUCAAUAUGGCCAGUGUUGCCGGUCGUUUCACAUUCUGGGGAAUUACAGCCUAUUGUAUGUCUAAAUACGCGGUUAGAGCCUUCUCUGAUGGACUCCGCAAAGAGUUGAGUCGUUUUGGUGUAAAAGUGGUGACAAUAGAGCCAAAUAUGUACAAAACAGAAAUCGUCAAUUUGGACACACUUUCCAAUGCGUUGGAUCAGAUAUGGGACAAAACUGAUCCGCAAAUACGCGAAGACUAUGGCGGCCAUAGAUUUCACCAACAAAUGAGAAAUCGCUUGAAAUACAAUGUCAUGAUAUCUCGACCACAGAUACACGAAGUACUGGACGUCCAGCAGAAGGCCAUCACUCUUUGCGAACCCGACCUCUACUACAGAUGUGCCGCCAUUACAGAGAAGCCCUCCAUUUGGUUCCUCUCCAUCCUUCCAGAAUCGGCUCAAGACUUCUUUCUGACGGGAAAGGCGUGGAAAAUGGCUCUGGAUUUUUAUAAAUGCAAACAAUAA